CAAUAACCAAACCUAUACAGUGUUUGUAUUCAUCAUAUCAGGUAACCGCCAUCAAUCCAGCGGAAGAUCAUCCAUGGAUAUGCAAACCGAUUUCGACCGGCUUCUCUUCUUCGAGCACGCUCGCCGUAGCGCCGAAGCCACCUACACAAAAAACCCUCUCGAUACCGAGAAUCUCACCAGAUGGGGAGGGGCUCUGCUCGAAUUGUCGACGUUUCAGAGUGUUGAGGAAUCAAAAUCUAUGAUUAAAGAUGCUAUAGCGAAAUUGGAUGAAGCAUUGUCUAUUGAUCCGAAGAAACAUGAUGCUUUGUGGUGUAUGGGCAAUGCCCAAACUUCUUAUGCUUUUUUGACUCCGGAUAAAUAUGAAGCUAAGGGUUAUUUUGAUUCUGCUUAUACUUUCUUUCAGCAGGCUCUUCAGGAGGAUCCAGGGAAUGAACUUUACCGCAAAUCGUUUGAAGUGGCAACAAAGGCUCCUGAAUUACACUCAGAGCUCCAUAAACAGGGUGGUUUUAGUCAACAAGCUAUGGGACCAGCGGCUGGGGGAGGUCCAUCAACUUCUUCAACUGCCAAGGGUCCAAAGGCACAAAAGAGCAGCGAUCUUAAGUAUGAUGUAUUUGGAUGGGUUAUUCUGGCUGUUGCUAUUGUGGCAUGGGUUGGAUUCGCCAAAUCAAACGUACCUUCACCACCGCAACGAUAGUGAUCGCGCUUAUCCCGCAAUUUUAAUGGUUAUAAAAAGAGUAGAUAUGAUGAUAUUUGCUUUGGCAGGAGUAGAGAAACUUGGAAGUUGUUUGUUUGGUGAAUGAGGAAUGUUAUUUAAUUUGACCACACCACAUGAAAGAUUGAUUAAACAUCUCUUGUUCUCUUAUAUUUUACCAUUUUCGUUUUGAAUUCAAUUAUGAAACUAUAUGUUAUUUUUGUU